AGUUGUCCCUCCGUCUUACCUACUCUCUUCUUCCUCUUUAACUUCGAUAGGAAGGAAAUUCUCAAAGUUGUGGAUCACAGUCUUGACAUGCUCAGAUCUUAGAUCAGGAUAUCUCUGUCUUCUUUUUGUUUAUAAUUUUUUUUUCUAAUACUCAUAAUAUAUUGAGUUAUUAAUAGGAAAAUAAAAGAAUGGAAAAAACGAGCAAACCCUAAAUUAAUUCGGCGGCUCUCGUUCUGCUUGAUUGUAAGAUCUGCUCUAGAAGAAAGGGGAUUUUGUUUUCAAAACCGUGAAUUUCCAAGGGUUCGUUUGAUUGUUACCAUCAUUUGUUGCAUAUAUGCUUGUUACUGGAUCUAAUUGUUGUUUCGAGUGGAAUAACCGGACCCAAGGCGAAAUGGGCAAGGUACAGAAUCGGGUUGAAGAUGUGGAGGAAGGUGAAAUUUCUGAUACGGCUUCGGUGGAGGAGAUCAGUGAGGAGGAUUUUAACAAGCAGGAGAGUAAGAAUUUGAAAGAGUCGAAACCAAUAUCUGCUGGAGAAGGAGGAAGGGAUGGUAGGGUUUGGACGAUGCGGGAUCUGUUGCAUAAGUACCCGAUUUGCCGCGGGUAUGCAGCCUCCGGUUUGUAUAAUCUGGCUUGGGCACAGGCUGUGCAGAAUAAGCCACUCAAUGAUGUUCUGGUCAUGGAUGUUGAGCCUGAUGAAAAUUCCAAGCGAUCGUCGGCCACAUUCUUAGUUGCCUCCGUGAAUAGUAAAGAGAAUACCAGGGUUGUGAUUGAUGAUAGUGGCGAUGAGGUGGGAAAGGAUGCUGAUACUGAGAGGGAGGAGGGGGAGUUGGAGGAAGGUGAGAUUGAUUUGGAUUCGGAGCCACUUGAGAAGGUGGCAGGUGAAGCUCAAGAAGUGGCUUCGAGAGACGAUGCCAUGAAUGUCAGCAACGUUUUUGGGGCCAAUAAGGAAUCGGAUGAAUUGGAGAAGCAAAUGAAAUCGAUGCGCGAGGUUUUAGAGAGUAUCACUUCAAUUGAAGUCGAGAAAUCAUUUGAGGGAGUUUGUACCAGACUGGGCAACGCUUUGGAGAGCUUGCGGGGAUUAGUUGUGCUGAAUUGUGGUCCAACAAAGGAUACUCUGAUUCAGCAUUCAUUUACUGCAAUUCAGAUUGUCCAAUCUGUGUUUUACUCCAUGAACGAUAAUAUAAAGGAACAAAAUAAGGACGCUUUUUUGAGGUUGCUUUUUCUUGUAAAGAGCCAUAAUCCUCCUAUUUUUUCCGCCGAUAAGAUAAAAGAGGUAGAGAAAAUGAUGCUUUAUGUUAACUCCCUUGAUGUUUCAUCAAAUGUGAGGGCCACUGAUAAAGAGGAAAAAAGAGAUAUGGAUGGCAUGAAAAAGAUAAAUUCUGAUAACUUAGCUAAAUCUACCAGUAAUAUCUAUUCAACUGGCGAAAAUCUAGUUAAUUAUAAGCCGAACAUAGCAGAAGCCUUGAAGCCUGCAGGAGCUGGUUUUAGGAGCAAAGGGGCUUUGCUCCCCUUGCUAGACCUUCACAAGGAUCAUGAUGUGGACAGCCUUCCCUCACCUACACGAGAAACGGAGCCAUCUUUACCAGAAAAAAGGAUGUUAUCUGUUGGAGAUGGGAUGGAUGAAUCAGGAGUUGUCAUGGAUAAGGUGGUACCAGAUACAGAAGAUAUUAAAAUGCGUCCUUAUGAAACUGAUGUUCUCAAAGCUGUUUCUAGCUAUCAGCAAAAAUUUGGCCAUACUUCUUUCUUUCUUAAAGAUAGACUUCCAAGUCCGACACCUUCAGAAGAAUCCAGGGAUGGGGUUGAUGAAACUGGGGGAGAGGUUUCUAGUUCCUUUGCUUCUGCGAAGUUAAAACCUGCUAAUGUUCCCAUUAUGGGGCAGCCAAUUGUUUCUACUCUUCCGGGCAUGGAAAGUACCAGUGCCCAAGGGCUGGCUAUGACUAGAAAUGCUCCUCUUAUUAAUUCUAGGACUAAUCCAACAGUGAGAGGGCCAGCAAGGAGCCGAGAUCCUAGGCUUCGGGUUGGCAAUUCUGAUGUGCCUGCUUUAGAUCUGAACCAACAUCUGCCACAUGCAUUACUUAAUGGACCAAAGAUGGAGGCUGCUGGAGCUUUAUUGAAUACACGAAAGCAAAAGAGUUUUGAGGAGCCUUUUAUUGAUGGCCCUGCGCUGAAAAAGCAGAAGAAUGGAUUGGAAGGUUUUGGAGGUAAUUGGGAUGCACAAAGUGCAUCUGGAACUGGUGGCUGGUUGGAGGAAGUUGAUACAGUUAGCACUCAAACUAUAAAUCAAAGUAAUUUGAUAGGCAAUGCAGAAUCUCUCCUCAAGAAGACAGAUAACGGAGCAACUUGUUCUGGUAUGCCUGUUACUAGACCUAGUUCAACACUUACUGGAAAUGAGCCAGUAUCCACGAUUGCUUCUGGUAACACAGUUUCUGUUCCUGUUCCUUUGAAAGAUAUUGUAGUCAAUCCAAUGAUGUUGUUGAACAUACUUAAGAUGCAACAGCAGAAAUUAGCAGCAGAAACUCUUCUAGACUCUGCUGACUCUGGAAAAACACCAAUGCAAACUCUGGGUCCAAAU